CUGGGCCGCUUAUUAAAAUAAAGACGAUCGGUCGUUUUGAUUCAUGCCGUCAAAACUGGCAACUUAAUCACGUGGCAGCUAAUUGAGAAUCGUUUUACAAUUCAAGGAGGAAGUGCCACUUAGGUUCAACCGUCCUGCGGUGAGAAGAAGCUCUAACGGAGCCGCAAGUUACCGCUGAGAAUUACAAAACACCUUUUAGCUCCUCUCAGUGGGCCGCGCUUGUCCGGAAUGGGCUUUACUCUCCUGGAAAUCGCGAUAGACUCCCUGUGGUACUUUUUCGAUUAGCUUCUACUUGCUCCAUCAACUUACUCUUGCUAAAAAAUAUAUAUAUAUAUAUUAUUGUGAGAAAAAUAAACUGGAAUUAAUCGCUAAAAUGGAUUCAUGGCUCAGCCUUAGAGGAGCAACUGCAUCAAGCGUCUCAUUUGUCUUAUCCCCUUUCUAUCCAUUCCUGAUUAACACCUCUGCCUGUGUGCAAUCACAUAGAUCUCUAAAAACUGUUUAUGUUGGCGGCUCUAAAGGGAUUCAUUAAAUCCCUCUGCUGCGGAUUUGCUCUAUUAGUUUUAAUCACGGCCAAUCCGACGUCGGCAUUUACACAGCGCUCACUCUUCUAAACUGACAUUUGAAAUUGAUCGCCAUGGCAGUCCACUUCAUGUGACUUUUUUUUUUGGGCAACAAAGUCGUUUGCCAGCCAUGUGCUGGCUUCCCUCGGGGAGCCCUUUGGAAUGAAAGCGUCUUUUGAAGUUAGUUUGACGGCUUUGGUACUUUGCAAAGGAGAAAAAAAAGCGUGAUGUUGUCCUCUUCUUUCGUUGGUAAACAUGAAGACGCUUUAUCGUGUUUAUUGAAGCUUCUUUUAUUCAUAAACUGUGUUAGUCGGUCAGUUGGUUGCUAUAGCUAUAGAAUUAAUUUAUAGUUACGCGAGUGACUUCCACUUCAAGGCCCAUUUCGAUGUUUGAGCAAUUAGUUGGUUUUUUUUUUUUGCGUUCCGGCCAUUUCCUAUUGCUUCCUGACGCACGUCAACCAACGAGCGGUGAGAAAUCGAGUGGGCGACUGGAAAAUAGAAAAAGAUCUUUAAAUCCAUCAUGACGGGUGGAGACGGAUGUUGAGUGGAGACUGACUUACUGGAUAUCGCGUACAUCAAAGAUGCCCGCAAUGGAAAAUGCACCAAAACACCAAAGGAGGCAAAACUGCGCGAGCUGCUGGAUCUUAGCACGCUGGCGGGCAAGAUGGAGAACAGGAUGCUGACGGUGGUGAGCGGCACCGACAUGGUCAACGUCACCUACCUGAACUUCAUGGCCUCCCAGGAGGAGACGGCCAAGGAAUGGGCGGAGGAGCUUUUCAGUCUGGCUUCUAACCUGCUGGUGCAAAACAUGUCCAGAGAGGCCUGUCUGGAAAAAGCAUACACCAGACUGAAGCUCCAAUUGAAUCCCGAAGGUCGAAUCCCCGUCAAGAACAUCUUCAGAGUCUUCUCGUCCGAUCGCAAACGAGUGGAGACGGCGUUAGAAAACUGCAACCUUCCCUCCGGCAGAAACGACUCCAUCCCCCAAGAAGACUUCACGCCGGAAGUGUACAACUUAUUCCUCAGCAACAUCUGCGCCCGGCCCGAUUUGGACCACAUCUUCUCCGAUGUGGGUGCAAAGAGUCGCCCGUACCUUAGCGUGGAGCAGAUGACGGAGUUCAUCAACAACAAGCAGCGAGACCCCCGACUCAACGAGAUUCUGUACCCGCCCCUCAAGCCUGAGCAGGUCCAACAGCUGCUGGAAAAAUACGAACCCAACGCCACACUUGCGCAGAACGGUCAAAUCUCAGUGGAGGGCUUUGCCAGGUACUUGAAUGGCGAGGAGAACAGCAUCAUCCCCCCAGAGAAACUGGACCAGAGCGAAGACAUGACCUUUCCCCUCUCACACUAUUUCAUCAACUCCUCUCAUAACACGUACCUCACAGCUGGGCAGCUGGCGGGCAGCUCGUCGGUGGAGAUGUACAAGCAGGUCCUUCUUUCCGGCUGCCGCUGCAUCGAGCUGGACUGCUGGAAGGGACGGACCACUGAAGAAGAACCCGUCAUCACCCACGGCUUCACCAUGACAACCGAGGUCUCCUUUAAGGAGGUGAUCGAGGCCAUCGCAGAGUGUGCCUUUAAGACUUCCCCCUUCCCCGUCAUCUUAUCUUUUGAGAAUCACGUGGACUCACCCAAGCAGCAGGCUAAGAUGGCCGAAUACUGCCGCUCGAUAUUUGGCGACGCUCUGCUGACAGAACCUUUGGAAAAGUAUCUUUUGGAGUCUGGAGUUCCUCUGCCCAGCCCGAUGGAACUGAUGGGCAAAAUCCUGGUGAAGAACAAGAAGAAGCACCACAAGGCGUCGUCGGACGGCAGCGCCAAAAAGAAGCUAUCGGAGCAGGUGUCUAACACCUACAGCGACUCAUCCAGCGUCUGCGAGCCGUCUUCGCCAGGAGCCGGUUCCACAAAGGACGAUGUGACUGAGUCCUCCCAGCCAGCAGAGGGCACCGAGCUCAGCCUAAGGCCACAAGGAAGGAAGUCCAUCGGUGAGGUGGAGGCUGAAAGCGACGAUGAAGACGACGACGAUGAUGAUUGCAAAAAGGGAUCCAUGGAUGAGGGCACGGCGGGCAGUGAGGCGUUUGCCACCGAGGAAAUGUCCAACCUGGUCAUCUACAUCCAACCUGUCAAGUUUCACAGCUUUGAGGCUUCCAAAAAGACCAGUCGCAGCUAUCAGAUGUCGUCCUUUGUGGAGACAAAAGCUCUGGAGCAGCUCACCAAGUCUCCAGUUGAGUUUGUGGAAUACAACAAACUACAGCUCAGCAGGAUUUACCCAAAAGGCACCCGGGUGGACUCCUCCAAUUACAACCCUCAACUCUUCUGGAACGCCGGCUGCCAGCUGGUGGCGCUCAACUUCCAGACCAUCGACCUGUCCAUGCAGCUCAACCUGGGGAUGUACGAGUACAACGGCAAGUCGGGCUUCCGGCUCAAACCGGAGUUCAUGAGACGGCCUGACAAGCACUUUGAUCCGUUUACUGAGAGCACCGUGGACGGGAUCGUCGCCAACACGCUAUCUGUCAAAAUCAUCUCGGGCCAGUUCCUGUCAGACAAGAAAGUGGGCACCUACGUGGAGAUGGACAUGUUUGGCCUUCCCGUGGACACCAAGCGUAAAGCCUUCAAGACCAAAACGUCCCAGGGCAACGCCAUCAACCCCGUAUGGGACGAGGAGCCCAUCGUCUUCAAGAAGGUGGUCCUUCCCACGCUGGCCUCGCUCAGGAUCGCCGUUUUUGAAGAGGGCGGGAAGUUCAUAGGACACCGCAUCAUACCCGUCUCGGCUAUACGGCCAGGUUAUCAUUACAUCAACCUGAGGAACGAGAAGAACCAAACUCUGACGCUUCCUGCUCUCUUCGUAUACGUGGAAGUCAAAGAUUAUGUUCCUGACACGUUUGCAGAUGUCAUCGAGGCGCUGUCCAACCCCAUCCGCUACGUCAACCUGAUGGAGCAGAGGGCCAAUCAGCUGGCUGCCCUCACCCUGGAGGAGGGCGGGGACGAUGAGGCCGACAGGGAGGCAGAGGCGGGCAGCGACCCCCCCUCAGAAUCCAAGACGGACCCCAGGGCUGCCGUGCCGGCGGAAAACGGGCUGAGCCACACCCCAAUCGCCCCCCCGCUGGUUGGACAUCAGCCUCAAUCUGCAGGUUCUUUGAAACCACCUGUGAAGACUGAAGACAUCAUCCAAAGUGUCCUCACUGAAGUGGAAGCUCUGACGCUGGAAGAACUGAAGCAGCUGAAGGGCUUCGUCCGCGAACAGCGCAAGCAGUACAAGGAGAUGAAGGAGCUGGUGCGCAAACACCACCGCAAGACGGCCGAGCUCAUCAAGGAGCACACGGCCCGAGUGAGCGAGCUGCAGAGUCAGCAGCAGCGAAGACGCAACACCCUGCACAAGAGCCACAAACGAGAUGGUAAGAAAAGCCGCUCAGAACAAUCGUUGUCCACGCUGGACCGAGAGCUGUGCGAUCUGGACCACGAGUGCGGCCAACGUUUGUCCGAGCUGAAGGAGCAGCAACAGCAGCAGCUCCUCACGCUGCGUCAGGAGCAGUACUACAGCGAGAAGUACCAGAAGAGAGAACACAUCAAGCAGCUGGUGGAGAAGCUGACCACCCUGGCCGAGGAGUGUCAGAGUGCCCAGCUGAAAAAACUGAGAGACAUCUGUGAAAAGGAGAAGAAGGACCUGAAGAAGAAAAUGGACAAAAAGAGACAAGAGAAGAUCAGCGAAGCCAAGUCCAAAGACAAAAACGUCACAGAGGAAGAGAAGCUGGAGAUAAACAGGUCGUUUGUCAAUGAGGUGGUGCAGUACAUAAAACGGCUGGAGGACGCGCAGAGUAAACGACAAGAGCGACUGCAGGAGAAACACAAGGACAUACGGCAGCAGAUUUUGGAUGAAAGGCCAAAGCUACAGAGUGACCUCGACCAGGAGUACCAAGACAAGUUCCGCCGGCUGCCCGUGGAGAUCCAGGAGUUCGUUCAGGACAGCAGCAAGGCCAAGUCUGGUGACCAAAACCCGGCCGCUUCUUUCUCUUCCUCCACAACGACCGAGCGGCUCAACCACAAAGCGUCGCAAUCGGAGGAUGACGCAGAGGAAGCCUCGCUGGAGCGGGUGUAUGACACGCCUCUUUAGAGGCGGACUGCAGGUGUGUUUGUGAGCCAGAUCUGAGGACUCAGUGUGGUGAGUAGCUGUGGUCCGGACCCGUGUGUAAAUAGUACCUCUGUUGUAUUUGUACGUCACCUGUGUGUUGUCGUCACUGUUUGGGUGCGGCCACAAUUUGGGUCACUAACUUACUUGAAUGAUUGCACAUUUUGAUUUUCUAUCACGAUGACGUCUGGUCAGCUUUUACUCCUUGACGUUUUAUUUGUUUUUGCACUGAGCUAACCCGGAUUAACUCCAUUUUGUUCUCACAGAACAACGCUGCUAUUACUUUUCGAUUACCACUGAUCGAUGUUCGUGCACUGGUUGAGUUGCCCGAAGGUGUCGAGUUUCUGCAUGUACUCAAACUAAGUCUAGAUGUUACGGUAGCUCAGUAUUGGUUGAUUUGAAAGGUGGGAUGACGUACAGUAAUUGCAACAAAUAUUUGAGCUUUAGUGCAAUUUGUAGAUAAAUACAAACUCUUAUGGCGUCUUGCUCACAGAUUUUCACUUACGCCAAUAUUGUAGUCAAGUUUUUGUUUUUUUCACUGUUCUAAUCUACAUUUUAACUUAUUAAAUUCAGGACUGGAAAAGUUAACAUUUUAUAUAAAAAGCGAAAUUAUCAUGGCAAGUAAAAGUGUAGCAUAGACAAAAAACCCGCAGAAAAUGUCAUUUUUGUUGGAGCCAAGUAAUUGUAGGGAUAUCAGUUCACCAUAUGCCACUUGUUGCUAGGCAGACUUCGAGGGGCUCCAUCAUAACGGCCCCAUUGCUGGAUGACACCCACCAAAACAACACGUUGCAAAACAAUUGCUUCUAAUGUUAUAUUUUGACACCAUUUGAAAGUGGCAAAGGGCAACAUAACGUUGAUUUUUUUUUUUUUUUUUUUUUUUUUUUUUAAGAUAAAAAUCCAACUUGAGAUCCCCAAAUUGUUCAUUUUUUGUCCGUUUUUACUAAUUGCUGAGUCUUCUGACCAAUGUCGUCUGAUAAUCUAAUUUAAAAAAAAAAGUCAGAUUCAAAUAUAUAAAAUUACGCUCUGCGUGUAAGUAGAAAACAAAAGGACUCUUUGACUAGACAAACGUGUGACGAGUCCCGUGACUUUUUUUUUUUUUUCCUUGUUGUUGAUGUUGAAUGUGUGGAAUGCUUCCCACUGUGAUUAUGAUGAUAAUGAUGAUGAUGAAGAACUUGUGUGAUAUUUAAUACUUUGAUACCACUACUGACAGAGUAACACUUGUGAAAAAGCAGUAUGUAAUUUUGACCACGAAAAAGAGAAAAAAAAGCCUUUAUAUUGAUUAAGUUACUAGUUUUUACAUCGUCUUGACUGACUACUUUGAUUUCAAGUGCCACUCCUGCAUUCUUGCAUUUGAAUGUGUAUGCACUCUGGAAUCUGGCUAAAAUAUGACGUGGAUCAAAUAACAGUAUCGUGUAAAGAGAAUUUUGUCUGUAAUUACAAAUAAAUGUGGCUGUUAUUAUUGUACAUUACAA